GUAGAGGUGGUCAAGAGUGUAUCCGUCUUGAUUCCUUGUCGGAUCCAAGCUACACAUCACCUCCACUACUUGCCGAGUUGAGGUUUCUUCGAGGUUCAGGCCCCGCGUGCUUAUCACAAGCUUAUCGCAACCAAGUUUAUUCUUCAACAACAACAACAACGGCUGUCACCACCAAGUUACCAGGAGUCAACAAAAACAGCCGCGUCUUGUCCUUGCACGGGGAAAAAAGACAGGGGAACUUGCCUGCUUCACUGCCCUGCCAUGUAAAUAUUAAUGCCCUGCCUGCCCCGCAUCCUGCCAAUCCAAGCAAUCCAUGGAAGCCCUGGCCAGUGACGCAGCCCGCCCUGCCCUGAUCUUCAAACCACCUAGUCAGCCUACCUAACAAGCCGCCGCCAUCUUUCUCCUCCUCCAGACAACGAACCAAACAGCUCGACCGCACAUUCGCUCGUUGAUCCCGCCGAGAUUUCACCCACCCACCCACUCUCACCCGACUGACUGUUGUCAUUCGUGCCCGACAACUGAACUGAACCGACAACACCACUUCACGCGACCUACUGUACCUACCCAUUCACCACCUUUGCUUCAGUUCUCUCUCCCUGCCGUGCCGUGCUGUCCAACAACACCCAGACAUCCAUUGCCUCUCGCUAGCAAACAAAACAUUCCAACCGACCGACCAUAGCAACCACCCUUGUUCGUCGCAACCUACCACGUCCCCAUCAAGUUUUGGAUCAUCUCUCCUCGUUACAUCGCUCUGAACAGCGAGUCUUUCGACAUACACGAUACCAUCGAUAUACACUACCGAGGGGGAAUGCAAGCUUUUUCUGUCCCUUUACCCAACAUCACAACGCCGUCAACAUGGUAGUAAAGCUGGACUACGACCGCGACUACUAUGCGGACCUCGAACUGUCCUCCACGGCCGAUGUCGUCGAGGUGAAGAAGCAGUUCAAGAAGCUGGCCCUGAAAUACCACCCCGAUCGCAACCCAGGAAAAGAGGAGGAGGCCAAGGAUCGCUUCAUCCACAUCCAAGCCGCACAUGAGGUCCUCACCGACGUGUCCAUGAAGGCCAAGUACGAUGCCUACCGGAAACGAGGAUCAGCUUCUGCCAGCAGGUACGCGACUGCCUCUGGCCACCGCGGAAACCCCUACUCCAACGUCUCGGCCGAAAUGGCUGACCGAUAUGGCGCCCCUCCCACGCGACGAACCCCUCAUAUGCCGUCUCGUCCCGACCCCGGUCCGUCGGCACACGCACGCUAUUCGUCUUGGGCGUCACCGUCGUCCUCCUCGUCUUCCAGACCGGUUCCCCCCAAAACGGCCUCUGCUGCCGACAAUCUGCGCGCUUGGGAUGCCAUGCGCUCAAGUGCCAAGACAGGCCAGACAUCUUCGUCAACGCCCAAGUCGUCGGGUUAUGCGUCAGCUCGAACGGAACGGACCGAACGGACCGAAAGCGCCAGGAGGGAGCCGCCUCCCGUACCACCACGGACCGCGGGGCAGGCUCGUCGUGCCGAUGCUGCCUUUGGUACCACCAGACGGGCUGGAUAUUCUCCGGAUUCCCCAGUCGGCGACGAGCCACCCGUUUCGAGGCACAACUACACUUCCAGCGCCCACUACACGGCCACCACCAACAUGUUUGAGGAUACCGCCGCUAACAUCAGGAAGUCACGGCCGCAAUCGAGUCCCACCCCCGUGGACCCCUUGAGCGAAAAGUUCAGCGAAACCUACUUGGACAGCAGGCAACGGACCCCCUAUGCCUCGCAUAUCGGCGAAAAGUUCAACCCGUUUGAAGGUGCCAACGUCAACCGUGCAAAGUCCAUGAAAGACCCAUCCCGGCCCACCCAGGAAUCCGAGGAAGAGGCGCCCCCUCCGCGCUCGUCGCGACAACGCAGCGCUAGUGUCGCGCCCAAUACAGAAGCCAACCCUACGCCACGUGCGUCCACCUCAUCUAUGAGGAGCCACUCGAACGCUCAAGCCGCAACCUCGGAAUCGGCGCAGCAGGAUGGCCCCAAAGUUUUCGCCGUCCCCGACGACGAUGGAUACACCCCGAAGCCGCAGGCGUCGGCCGACUUUACCCGCAGUGGCGUUCAUAAUAUCAACGCCAGCUUUGUGGACCAGGAAAAGCAGCGAGCACGCUCAGUCCCCCGCGGCCGCCAAUCGCCCCUCAAAAAGACGUAUACCUCUUCCAACGAGUCGGUUAGCGGCGCAACUCGUCCGCCGAGCGAGACAAACGAUGCAGGUAAGAAAGCCAGUGCCUUUGACGCCGGUCAAUGGCAAGCGGAAUUCGGCCCGCAUACCUUUGUUCCGCCCCCGCCAGCCAAGAAAUCGUCGACUUCGCCUACACGAAAUGUGCGACCCAUCCGUAAGCCGAGGCCGGUCAAGAUGACUGCGGGCACUGCGGGCUUGGUGGAUGAAGAGGAGACAAGCAGCAGCGAGGGAAAGAGCAGGUCGAACUCGGCAGCUGGUGUCGAUGAAAGUGGUAUCAAUGGAGGCGCGCCUAGCCCUAUGGCUAUGGAUAUCGAUGAGCCUCCCCCGCCACCUACGCCGGCACACGCUGUUCCUCCUGCCGCGCCGCCUCCGACUCCCGCUCAUGGCAUUCCCACCAUUAUCAACCUGAACGGGGGCAGCGCGCGCAAUGUCAACUUGGAGCCGUCCAAGCCAGAAUGGCGCUCCGGCAACCUCAACAACAACGGCGUCAAAACUUCCAACGGCGGUACUAGCUCGCGCCGUAGCAGCAGCGCUGCCAACGCCACUCAUCGGCCAAUCUCAGUUCCCAACGCCGGCUCAGAAGACAGCGACCUUCGCCCCAUCUUUGGCAACUUUGACGUCGACAAACUGGUCAGCCCCAGUGGCACAGGCCUAAGUUCGUUCUCGGCGGACCUCAAAACCAACCUCCCUUUCGAAUCAAGGGCAUCGACUACACUUCCGCCCUUUGAGCGCGAAAAGAUCAAGCCCAAGAACAUCAACUUCCCCACGCCACCCAAGGCGCCCAGCCCACCAGCCGCUCUGGCAACCCCUAGUCAGGUGACGCCCUCGCAGUGGGCGCUGUACGCCGAACAGUUCAAGUUGUACAUCCACCAGUUCAACACCUUCAACGGGCGCGUUGUAGACCACUUUGCCGCCCGCAAGAUCAAGAACGAGCAAAAGGGCCCCGCGUGGGUCACGCAGCUGGGCGACAAGGAAAUGUUGGAGUAUUUGGCGUGGAUGGAGGAGGAUAAGACGGUGAUGCAGAAGUGGGCCCAAGCUAGGGAGGCGCACGAGCUCAAUGUGAUGGAGUUUGCGAGGUGGAAGGAGAGGGUCAGGAGCGGCGGUGGGGCUGCUGCUUCUGUGGCGGCGGGGGAUGGAACCGGAGGUGGGACGUGACUGUAUGGCGGUGCCCGCUACAACCGCUUUGGCAAGAGAACUGGUCUGGGUACGAGUGGUCGGAUGACGAGUGAGGAGUGGGCAAAGGAUUUUUGGAGUCAAGGGGUGAAAAAAGGGAGUUGGAGGGAGUGGAAGAUGAAAAUCGAGAAUGAGGGCGAGAUGUUUUGGGUGCGGUAUGGGGAGGUGAUCAAGAAAGUCACGAGUCGGGCCAUCAUGACCGCGAUGGUUCACGAGGCUCUUCUCAGACUGGGAUUGUUCAGUCAGAUUGGCGAGACGGUCUUGAAUCUGAUUAUGGGAGCGGUCGUUGUGUUGGUUUCGGGGUCCGCGGCGUGGUUUUUGUCCAAGUUUGCUGUGGACGAUGAAGACGAAAACGGAACCGAACUCUUGGGUGAGCACGACCACAACCAUGGACAACAACGGCAGUCCGACUACCAAAAAGACGAAUCACGUCAAGGGAUGAGUGACAUUGAAGAAGAAGAAGAUGCCGACGACGAAGAUCAGACCGAGCCCGAACCGCCAUCUUCGUCAGCCUUAUCCGAGUCAUCCUCAUCCGAAGAAGAAUACGAAGGCUCCGACUACGUCUUCGAAUACGAAUCCGAUUACUCCGACUAUCAACCCCGCCGACAACGAUCACGUAGCCGAUCGCGUAGCCGAAGCCAUCAAGAAGUGGAUAUUGAAGUGGAAUACCUUUCCAGCUUCUCGCUCGACGAAGCCGAAGGAUAUUCGUACGGCGGUAGUGAAGAUGGUCCUGGUGGACCGAGAUACGGACAGGAAGGAGGUGAGGGGUAUAUUUCGAGUUGGUCGGGGAGAGGGUCGGAUUAGAUGUCUGGCUUUUUGUGUCUCCGGCUGCUGGUGUCAUCCCGGGGAUAAAAGCUUAUGGGCGGGAGAUGUUGAAAUGUUAAAGAAGGGAAAGCCUGGGCUGGACAUGACAGGCAUCAAAAGAAGAAAGCAUUUGUGUAUUUUGUUUCUUGAUACCCGGAUUGGAGGUUACGUUACGUUACGUUAUGAAUAGCUAAGUACAUGUAGUGUAGGUAUGCACUAUAGGAGGUGGAUGGCUGGUUGGGAGGGGGUUUUGUACCACUCUACCUAUCACAUCACUCUCUCUGCCUGUGUGUUUUCGGUAAUGGAUGAAUGGAUGAAUGGAAAAAACAUGAUGACUAUAGACGAAAUGAGACGAGAUUACAAACAAGACCUGGAUUGUUCCG